UAGCCUGGCUCCUUUUUCUUGUCUGUCUGCUUCACCUUUACUACAUUUUUAUUUUAGCUAACUUCCUGGAAUAACUUCUGAGUGUUUUCUCUUAUUUCAUGGUAGCCACUGAAGUGAUGGGGAUUAUGCAGAGAAUGCUUUCUUUUUUGCUGUUUUUCUCGCUACUUCACAGCUACUUGACCGAUUUUUCCUACAUCGGAUCGUCUUUUAACCUGCAACCAUCUAUUCAAGGUGACAAGGUACAUGUAUAUUACCGAGCAAUGAGUUCUCCGUGUUCGAGUGGUGAUGAUGAACUCUGCAGUUUGAUAAACUGCACCGCGUCUAAUACAUGGCUUAUAGAUAAUGACCGUAAUUCCACAACCUGCUGCCAGCUGGAAGGAGAGGCUGUCCACUCCAUCAAAGGAUCACGUUCUUUCCAUCUCAGGGUAUCAGGAUGUUGCUGGACCCCAGCUUUAUCCCCUCAAGGUACAAAACUACAUGUGCCAUUUUUGCUGUUUAUGACGACAGAUCUAGGGGUUCGCUCUGAUACAGGAAAAGUAAACAUUCCGCCAAAAGUGGCUCUCUCACCUCCUCUACGGAUUCCCCAAAACUGCAUUUCCUUGUAUAAGCUGAGUGUUUUAGAUGAAGACGGAGACACAGUUAGGUGCCGCUAUGCAUCCCAUCCUGACCAGGCUUGUACUUUUUGUGAAACAUAUCCUUUCUUACAUCUGGAUGAGAAUAACUGUACAAUCAGAUACAACAGUUUCAGCUUGGAAGGUACAUAUGCACUGGAAUUACUGAUAGAGGAUUAUCCCAAAGAAACAGUUCUGCUAAAAUCCAGUGAUGGAGUUGAAGAGAGACAUCCAUAUUCCCCAAUGGAUGGAAAAAGACAAGCACUCAGCUCAGUGCCUUUGCAGUUUACCUUAACAGUUGGAAAGCCAGUUGCAGAUUGUUUGUUUGGUAUAAACAGGCCUGAGUUUUCUGAUCCUACACCACUACAUGGGGAAAAUAUAGCUGCCCUUCCGUAUGAUGAUAUUUCAUUCACAAUCUCUUCUUUCAGCUCUAAUGAAAGAAUCAAAACUAUCACAGUCCUGGGUCCAGAUGGGCUCCAGAAAUCUGAAGUGUUAAGGACCAAAAUAAACAGUGUUGACCUGACAUCAGUGAAUAUUUCUUGGAGUAUGCCAGAUAGAGAUAUACUCCCUUUUAUGCCUGCCUGCUUCAUAGCUGAAACAAUAUCUGGAUUACAGUCCGAGCCAAGAUGCAUCUGGAUUGGAAGGAUACGUCCAACAGUUGAAUCCUUGGGUACAGAGCUACAGUGCCUUGAAGAUCAAAUGUCUCUGUAUAUUCCAAAGGUGGAUUUACCAGAGAUAAAGAACACUGAUCUCCAGCUUAAUGAUCCCAAGUGUUCCGUUCAGAAAAACUCCACACACUUUAUUAUGGACAUCCCAUUGUUAGGAUGUGGCACCAAAUUUAAGGAAGAUCAUUCUUUUUUGAUCUUUGCUAACAAGGUUACCAAUCGACAUGAAAACAAAGUGAUUACACGAGUGAAGGCUGUGGCAAUACCCAUUAUCUGUAAGUACACCAAGUACAGGAACUCAAGUAGCAAAUACAUCUUAAAGGACUCACUUGAUCCAAAAUUUGGAAAUAUUACCUUUGAUCUUAUGCUUGGUAAAGAGUUCACAGCCACAUCAAAGCACAUUAACAACGUUUUGACUGAUUUAAACCCAGCAAAUCAAUUGGUUAUUAGUGUUGUCGCUAACAGUAAUCAGACAGACGUAGACCUGAUAGUGGAGUCAUGCCAGGCAUAUAAGAACGAUAAUAUAUCGGUUGUUUUCUCAUUUAUUGAAGCAGGAUGUUUCAGCAAUGACACAGUGACUGAGCUCACAACAGGAAAUUACAGAGAGAAAGCAUACAGUGUUAGGCUCACAUCUGUACCAGCUGAUGUUUCUCAGAUGUUCAUAAAGUGCAACGUAAAGCUGUGCAAAAGUGAGCUCAGAUCGAUCAAUCACUGCCCUCCUGCUUGUGGUUUUGUGAAGAUGUCGUCUACGCGACAACCGCUGAUAUUGAGCAAAGUUUUUCAAAUUACCGCAGGACCUGUGUUAAUUCAAAAAGACACAGUUAGUAGUACUCAUGUUGCUGCCAUUGUUGUUGGGUCAACCUUAGGUGGAGUUGUAUGCUACGUCGUCUUCCUGUUGGUGAAGAAGUCAUUCUACGGGAUCCCUUACAGGCAUAAAGGAUUAAGAACAGCGCUGUGACUUCCAGUAGAAGCUAUGCUACUUAGCAACACAAGCGUCGACAUUCCAGGGUUUUCCAGGACUUUUUUCUGUUAGAAUUUUCCUGUGCUGUUAAUGCCUUCAGUAAAGUACCACUCGACCAUGCAGCUGUAUUACCAAUGGUUGCGCAGUUCCCUGUGAAAAAAGAAUGAUGUUAAUGCCGUGUUUGAAAAAUCUUAUCAGGCAGUAGUUUUGAUGGUUCUGUAUGUCACUUGCAUAUUGCCAUCACCAUUAACUAUUGGUGCCCUUCUGAUGUCAGCCUAUGCUGUCUUGUUGUGUUAGACCCUCUACCAGUGAAACCUGUGAAAACAUGAACAUACAUGACACCACUCUGAGCCCAUACAAGUAUGCAUCUGUAACUUUCUGUCACAUGUGUAUUGAUAGAUAUGAAUGUACCACUAUAGCAUGUGUUGCUAGGCAUACCUUAUCAUGCAGCUCAACAGUAUAGGUACUUAGAAGGAUGGAUAUGCAGAUGGGCCUUGGUCAAUCCUCUACUGUCCAACAGCUCUGGGUUUGGCCUGGCCUUGUAUGUUAAGCAGAGAUCGCAUCUGAGUAGAUGAUAUGUGACAGAGUAUAGCUGGAGUUUUUUAAGGUGGUCAGCGUAGGGCAUCUGCUUUAGGCCUGUGAUUCUUUUAGUGAGGUAUUUGAUUCUUUUAGUGAGGUAUUAUAAAGAAUGUGUCAGAUACCGUGACCCCAUUUGGGCAUUUAAAAAAUGGAGUCCCUUAGGUACUAUUUUUAAUUCAAUACAAUGUUCAAAUUAUUUGCUCUUUACUUUCUCAACAAUUUCCAGAAUUCUCCACACAGUUCUUUCAAUUGACCUUUAACUGCUGGAAAAAUGGCUGUUCACCCAAAGUUCUGAAAAGGAUCAUAGUUCAUGUUCAAUACAAAGCAACAUCUCUGUAUUCAGAAUUCAUUUCAUGUUGUAGAGAACAGGUACCAGGAUAGUUAAACUGAAUAACAGUCACACAAUCAUCUCUGCAGCGUGAAUAUUCACUUUUUCUAGCCCAAGAUCUAGUGUUCUUUUGAGCCAACAUACUGAAGGACUUCUGUAUAUCCCCCAUAGUAUCCAAUAAAACUUGCAACAAACUGGAAUAAUUUCUCCCUGAUGUAGGAUGUAUAGAAACAUCCAAUGAGGCAUCAUUUGCAACUUCGGCCAUCUGACAUUGUAGAAAACCACAACAACAAAAUCCCCACAAAUUCCGACAAUGGUAACUCAAACCAAAAACUAUAAAAACCACAUAUUCAGCCAGCCAGCAAGGAGACAACAAGACCUAGCGUACCUAAACCUUUAUUCACCUCUGUUGUCUCUAGACUUCUUCAGAAUGAAACCAUUCAAAAACUCCUUCCAGUUUUUAAAAACAAUCACCCAAUCAUAGAAAGAAGACAUUUACUAAUAGUUACUUACAUCAAAAAGUAAUCAGCCCCUUUUAUAAAGAAAAAUCUUCCUAGAGGACAAUAUAUAAGAGCUAG